AUGUUCCUCAUUAAAAGAGGAAAACCCCCACAGUACUGGGUUAGGGUAAAAUUUCAGACUUGCCGAAAUGCCUUGCGCUUGAGUGCCCCAGACACUUCAGCCCAGCUCCUCAAGUUGACUUGCUUCGGCCUGAAGCCAGACUUUGGUGGAAAUACUGAAGAGGAGGUGUGCCGUGGACACCCGCAGGCCUGGCAGUGUGAUGAUGGAAGAUGUAUUUCCUCCCACUGGCUUUGUGAUGGUGUUGGCGACUGCUUAGAUGGCUCUGAUGAGGUUAACUGUGAGAGAAGGACGGGAUGCCCACAUCCGAAAACCCAGUGUCCAGGAGAUCCGUGGUGCCGAGAUGCCUGGGACCCCUGCGAUGUCAGUGAGGACUGUGGAGGGCGGUUCGGGGAUGCGCUCUGCCCCCAGCACCGCUGUCUGAGUGGGCAGUGGCAGUGCAGGAAUGGGCUGUGUAUCCCGGACAGCUGGCGGUGUGACGGCGUGGACCACUGCGGGGACGCCUCAGACGAGCAGGGCUGUGCUUCCUGCCCAGAAGGCAUGGUUGGAUGUGAUGAAGGAAAAUGCAUUCUAGAAUCCCUGAUGUGUGAUGGGGAAGUGGACUGCACAGAUGGUACUGAUGAACCCAUCACAUGUGGGAAAAACUGCUCUCUGGCCAACGGGGGCUGCGAGGGGCAGUGCGGGGACUCACCCUGGGGAGUCCGGUGUUCAUGUGCAGCCGGAUGGCGGCUACAGCCUGAUGGUCAGAGCUGCGGAGGUCAGAAUUCUUUGGGCUCAUCUUUACAAGCUCUCAUUGGACUGCCUUAG